UCGGGUGGCGGCAGAGCUGCGGCGCGGCUCUAGAAUGGGGAAUAGUCUGCCUACUUCUGCAGGAUUGUCUAAUGAUGCUGCUGUGAAUCAAAUACAGGAGAUUAUUUCAGACAACUGUGUGGUGAUUUUCUCUAAAACAACAUGCUCCUACUGCAAAAUGGCAAAAAAACUUUUUGAGGGUAUGAAUAUAAGUUAUACAGCUGUAGAACUGGACAUGAAUAAAAAUGGAAGUCAGUUCCAAGAUGUUCUUGAACAGAUGACUGGUGGCAGAACAGUCCCGAGAGUGUUUGUCAAUGGGACUUUUAUUGGAGGUGCUACAGAUACUCAAAGGCUUCGUGACGAAGGCAAACUGCUUCCACUAGUUCAUCAAUGUCAAGUGAAAAGAAAAUCCUGAACAGCCAUCUGGCUUAGCUUAGUCUUCCUUUGUAUGAAGAGGAUUUCAGACAAGUUAGAAGGUCACAAAGAUACACUGCAUCAGCUGGACUCAACAGCUGCAAGCCAUGGAUUUCUGAAUCAUAGAUCAUUCUCUGACACAGACUUUACGGACUUGGCACAUUACUUGGUGUCCUCGCCUCAGCUUUACUACAACCAAAAUGGUGAUAAAAACACAAUGUAACUCUUAGGGCUCUAAGUGUGAGAUAGUGAUGUCAUUUUAUUACUAUUACAUCCUGGUAUGAUGCUUCAGAGAAGUAUAGACUGUACAAGAAUAAUCCUUUUUUUUUUUUUUCCCCUGAAAAUUAGUUUGCUUUCUAGCUUUGUUCCAACAGUUACAAUAAAUGGUCAGUUUACUUAAUGGUUCCUUUAAAUUUAAUUCUUCUCUGAAUGUCAAAUUGUGAUUGUGAAGAAAGGACGAAGCAAAACAAGUUUGUAGUGAUAUUGCUGUAUGUACAUCUGCCUCUCUUACAUUUCAGUGUCUGAUCACCUGGCUACCAAACUGUAUGUCCAGUUGCUACAGCGAAGGGAAUAAAGAUUCUUGCAGCUUUA